AUGCCAGAAAGGAAUCUUGUAUCGUGGACUUCACUCCUGGCAGCUUACUCACACAGGGAAAAAGUCGAAUAUGCCCCAAAGAAAUCUAGCUUCGUGGAAUUUCAUGCUUGCGGCAUAUGCCCAAAACGGGCAUACACUCAAAACCAGGAGCUCUUCGAAGCAAUGCCAGAGAGAGACUUGGUCUCGUGGACGACAAUGGUGGCAAGCUACACUCAAACCGACCACCUCGAAAGCGCCAAGAGCGUGUUUGAAUCAAUGCCGGAGCGCAACUCGAUGGCAUGGAAGGCGAUGAUCGCAGCUCACGCGAGACAGGUGGAGGAAGCCAAGUUUACGUUCGAUCAAAUGCCACUCCAGAGCCUGGUCUCGUUGAACACGGUGAUCUUCGCGUACGGCCAGUCGGGCUACUGCGACGAGGCGUACAAUGCGAUGCCGGAGAUCCCCGACGACCAUGUUUUCGGCCUACGCGCACAACGGACACAUCGAUCGCGCUGCCAAGUUCUUCGAUCUGUCGCCUCUUCUGGACAUCAUCUCUUGGAGGACGAUUCUCGCGGCCUUUACUCAAAACGGACAGUUUACCAGUGUUGGAUACGUAUGACAAGCUCAAGCUCCCGACAAGACGUGCUUCGUGUCCGGAGAGCGGCAACUUAUGCGAGCGUGUUGCUUGCCAACAUUGCUUACAUGAAUUCGGACGGAGGUCUCGUCCAAAGCUUGCAGAUGGCUGAGAACUUGCAGCGAGAAAUAUGCCUGCAAGGACCAAAAAGAAUGAGGCAGCAGUAA